ACUUUUCUUGUUAAAUCAGACUUGGUCAUUUUUGACAUGUCAAUAUAUAACUAUCUCCUUAAAAGAAUAUAGAUAGACAACUAACCAUUUAAUACUGAUCAAAGUUGAAAUUCACAAUACAGUGUGCGAAAACAUUUGUAAGGAAUGGCGCACCCAACCAAGAUCCGUAGGACCCAAGAUGACACUCACCCCGACACUUGGAGAGCCGCUCUCUCCGAAUUCAUCUCCACACUCAUCUUCGUCUUCGCUGCCUCCGGCUCCACCGUUGCCGUCAAAAACCUCACCGUCGACGCGCCCACCGCUCUCCUCACCGUCGCCGUUGCCAACGCCUUCGCCCUCGUCGUCGCCGUCUCCGUCAGCACAAACGUCUCCGGCGGCUACGUCAACCCCGCAGUCACCUUCGCCGCCUUUGUCAGCGGCAACCUUACCUGGCUCCGCUGCAUCAUCUUCUGGAUCGCGCAGAUCCUCGGCUCCGUCAUCGCCUGCUUGCUCCUCAAGUUCACCUCCGACGGACAGAGAAUACCGGUUUAUGGACUUUCGAGCGGUAUGAAAGUGGGAAACGCUGUGGUGUUGGAGAUGGUGAUGACGUUUGGAUUGGUGUACGCGGUGUAUGCUACCACCGUUGACCCCAGGAGCAGAGGUAAAAGUUUGGGAGCAAUAGCGCCGAUUGUGAUUGGCUUCAUCGUUGGAGCGAAUACUUUGGUGGGUGGGCCUUUUGAUGGGGCUUCCAUGAACCCGGCUGCAUCGUUUGGGCCUGCCCUGGUGGGCUGGAGCUGGGAAAACCAUUGGGUUUACUGGGUUGGGCCUCUCGUUGGUGGUGGGCUUGCUGGGUUUCUUUACGAAUUAGUUUUUGUUCGUUACAACCGUCAUACUCCAUAGGAUCCGGAGAGGUAUUAUGGAAAGAAAGAAAGGAAGAUGAAGGUUAUUUUGUCGAAUAAUGAUUCAAUUGUGUAUAAAUGAUCUUGGUUUCUCCAUGAGCCUAGUACUUGGUUGGAUUCCUCUUUCCUUUGUUGUUACAUUACAUGGUCUAGCUCUUUGCAGGAACAUUGCAUUGGAUGUAUGAAAAACAGUAAGUCACCUUCCCAUCCUGUCCU